AAAAAUACAGCCAUCUUAAUAAUUCCUGUAUACUAGGGUUUGCAAAUUCCCGAAAAAAUUGGAACCGGUUCCGCCUGCUGCCAUCUAAUGUCUGUCAUUAUAACCAGUUGAAAAAAUGUGAACCACCAUAAAAAUAUGAAAAUAUGCAACCAUUCUAAUAGUUACAGAUACAGCAUGGAAAAACUUAUUUAUGGCCUAGGAUAAUACAGAGAAGAAUUUUCUACUCAAUCGCUACAUUUGAUCAAGGUGACGGUGAUAAGGUUUGUUAUCAUAAACUUCCAAGGACAAACAUAAGAAAGUAGUGGAAGGAUCGCUUUUGACCUAUAGGUCUACGUAACAAGUGACAGCUAGCUAGCUGGUUAUCCACGAGUGUGUUAUCCAAAAUCAUAUGAAAAACCAUGCCAAACUAACGUUCGACAACUUAUUUGCUUGCUGGUCGUCAUUAUUCAACCACCAAUCAUUACGAUUUUGUUCCUUAACCUCGAAUUUUUCAUCUCUAAAUUGAAAAAUAAUCAUGUCUGAAAGUAGCUUAUCGUCAAGACAAAGAGAUGAAACCAGAUGUCCAAUUUGCAGUUUUCGAUUACGUAAUUGUUCUAAUGUGGGAAGGAAAUUAAUCAAAUCUCAAGAGGAAGUUCACAAAGUUUUGCGAUCACUGAAUAAACGUGUGGAAAUUGGUGAUACCCUCUGUUCCAAAUGUGGCAAACGUAUUUAUAACAAAACCAGUCCAGAAAAAAAACAGCUUCUUCCUGAUCCUGAACCAUGCAGUUCUUCAAUGUUGAUGGACAAUUCCGAACACUUUACAUCAACUUUAUCCAUCGAUGAUUCUAUUUCAACUAUAAUUGAUGAUCAAUCACAAUCAAUAAUGGUAGAUCCAACUCUUGAAUAUACACAAAUAGAAAAGGAUGUGAUUGAAAUGCCGUUUAGUCGUCCGAUAAUCAGUCAUAGUCGCUGCUUCAUUUGUCCAUCAACAAGUAAUUUGAAAAAUAUUCCUAUUGAAGCAAGAUUACAAGUUUUUUUGAAGCGGAAAAUUUUCGUACCAAAAACAAAUCGGUGUUGUAUGCAUCAUUUAAUGAAUGGAUGGCUUAAUGAAGAUGAAAUCAACAAUAUCAAAAUCGAGUCUGAUAAAUGUGAAAUCGAACUAUCUGAUAUUGCGAAAUUUAUGGACUUAUUAGCAUCCAAUUCUUUAAAUAUUAAAGACAAAAUAAAUAAGCGUUUGAUGCCACAAUGUCAGCUUUAUGCUCUUACUGCUCAUAGCUGGGAAGAUAUUGAUCAUCUACAAAGUCUUAUAACAUCUAUGAGAAACACCAGUAAACGAACUGUUAUUCAAGCUAUAGUGACAUUUCUCUGCAAAUUAAGGACCGGAAAUGCUAAUAGAGUUAUUGCUGCAUUUGCUGGUUUGGAUUCGGAAAGACAAGCACAAUCAUAUAUCGAUUCUGUGAUAAAAUCUUUUGAAGAUGAUAUUUUACCAAAUCAAUUUGGAUAUCAAUCGAUUACCAGAGAUUUUCUCAUCAACGAGAGAACAUCACCUGUGGUGAAAAACUUAUUGGAUUGUCAAAAUAAUCUUAUAAUUAUUUGUGAUGGAACUUAUAAUUUAUAUCAAAAGAAUUCAUAUUCUGGAAACAAGAAAACUACAUUAUGUAAGCUUUUCACCAUAUGCACUACCGAUGGAUUCAUUAUCGAUGUUCCUGGCCCGUACAAUGUAAAUGAAAACAAUGCAACUAUCUUGAACGAGAUACUCAACCAAAAUGAUGGUUUAUCUGUGUUACUGCAGCCUGGUGAUUAUUUUGUUCUGGAUAAUGGAUUCCGUGAUGUGGUAUCGAUUCUAAAAAAACGUGGUUUCAAUGUACUGAUUCCCAAUUUGGAAGAAAAAAACAUAGAACCAACCAAUGAUUCGAAAUUGAUCACAAAAAUCCGUUGGGUCGUCAAAGCUGUACAUGCAGAGAUUGGACAGAAAUAUAAACUACUACACAACCAGUUUGAAAAUAAAUCCUUACCAAAAAUAGCAGCUUAUUGUCGAAUUGCUUUCUUUCUUCAUAAUGAAUUUGGCCAAAAAUUCAAUUUUGAUUCCGAAAACCAGCUUUCACAUUCAUAUUUAAAUGAGAUUGAAUCAUAAUUAGAAAAAAAACUGUCAUCAUUUUUUUUUAAUUAAUCAUAAUCAUAAUUUUGUUAAUAUUAUAAUAAUAAAAUCAAUGAAAUAAUAAUUGAAAUUAAGAAUUUGAAAAUUAAGUAUCAAUUCAGAUAUCAAUACAAAAAUACAACCAUCUUAAUAAUUCGUGUAUACUGUGUGUGUGUGUGUGUGUGUGGUUUGUUUGUUUUUUGGUAUGUUCAUCUCGAAUUUUUUCAUUCAUUUUAUUUUU